GGGCAGCUAAAGCUCGCAGCCGUAUAUUUUGGGGUCCUUCAGCGUCAGACUGCUGCUUUCUCUGGACAGCUUCUUCGUCAAUGGCGGAUUACGAUAACUACGAGGACCGGGACCGGGCUUACGGGAGCUUCGGCGGGGGGAGAGGACCCCGAGGCGGCGGCGGCGGUGGCCCAGGCGGACCCCGAAAGCAGAAGGAGCUUCCCACAGAGCCGCCCUACACGGCGUACGUCGGCAACCUGCCCUUCAACACAGUGCAAGGAGACAUAGAUGCCAUCUUCAAAGACCUCAGCAUCAGGAGCGUUCGACUAGUGCGAGACAAAGAGACUGACAAGUUCAAAGGUUUCUGUUAUGUAGAGUUUGACGACUUGGAAGCUCUAAAAGAGGCUUUGGCAUAUGAUGGCGCUCUGCUAGGGGACCGAUCUUUGAGGGUGGAUAUCGCAGAGGGCCGAAGGCAAGAACGUGGCGCCGGAGGCUUCGGCUUCCGGAAAGACGACAGAGGCCGUGGUGGCUCCCGUGGGGCCAGAGGAGGGGGACAUGACUCCAGAGACGACUACGACCAGUCUGGAGGAGGUGUGGCGUGUGAACUGGGAUUUAGAGAUGAGGACUUCGUGGGUGGGAGGAGUCGAGGAGGCGGUCGCCCUGGCGACAGAAGGGGGGGCGGAGGAGGCAUGGGACGCUUCAGAGAUGGACCUCCUCGCGGAGGCCAGGCAGACUUCAGAGAACCCUCUGACGAGGAAAGAGCGCAGAGACCAAGGCUACAGCUGAAGCCGCGUACAGUGGCAGCUCCCCUUAACCAAGUGGCCAACCCCAACUCUGCCAUCUUUGGGGGUGCCAAACCCAGGGAGGAGAAUUAGUAUCUGUGUCAGUGUGGCUGCAUUAUUCCGGAAGGCUAUACUGGAUUCUACUGGCUUUGAUCACCAUAAAAUCUUUCAAAGACUUCAGUGACACGCAGGCAGGGGCACGAGGUGCUGGUCUCCUCUCGAAUCCAAACGAGCCCUCAUCCGAUUGGCUUAAAAAAGGACGUGGAGGUGGGGGCUCUAGAAAGGGGCGGGGCUCAGUCUUAACUCCGCCUCUGCCUGUCCUCGCUGGCUCCACCCACACGCCGCAAAGAACCCAAACUUGGAGGACAGCAUCUCCAGGUUGAUUGCGUUUAAGGACUUCGACAUCUCUUUCCCUUCCCAAAGUACCUUUGUGUUUUUGAAUUUGUAGACGCGCGGACGUAAUUGCCGCCGUGUCCUUUUUAUAUUUUGCUCUUUACAUUUCUUUGCUGUAUUUGAGGAUUAAAAGGUUGAGCUUGAUUCUUAAUUAAACCAUUUCAAAGUGAAGAGCUUUUUGAGUUCUUGUUGCCUCGUCUUUACGAAAGAUUUUCCCAACCUGACCAAAUCCUGGCUCAUCCAGAGCUUUCGGGAACAAUGUGCCACAUGUUUCAUUCAUUUAGAAGAGUAUGCAUGAUAGGUUUGGUUGGUGACACAAGGGUCUACAGUCUACAGCGACAUCCACAGCUUGACGGCAAUGUAUUUCUUUCCAGACCAGAAAAUCUAGUAGAAACUAUGAACCAUAACACCAUCAGUACUGCCUUUCCAUAUGAAGCUAAUUGAACAAAAAUGAACUGCUCGCACAUUUCCAGACACGCCAGUGACGCCAGGCGCUGCUGUAGUUUCAUCGAGUGUAGAGUCCUCAUGGGAAAUCCUUCUCUUCACAUUUUACUGGAUAUAAAUGAGGAAGUUCGUUUUUUUUUCUUACUGUAUAAUGGAGGUCAGCUGUUUUUAUUCUUUUGUUUUUUCAUUUUCCUACACUGUUAAUGGCAAUAAAUUGUAUCAUCUUA